AGCCGCCCGGCGGCCCGCGUAGCCCGCGCAGCCCUCACUCGCCGCCGCGCCUCGGAGUUUGAGCCCCGCGCAACCCGAGCGCAGGCACGCCCGGGGCGCGGGGUCGGAGCGCGCAGCGCGGCGCCGCCCCCCGGCCCUCGGCCCCCCAGCCCCUGGAGCCCCCGGAGCCGCGCGCCGAGGGAGGAGGGCGGGCGGGCGCGGCGGGCCGGGCCGGCGGGCGGCGGACUAUGAGGCGCCCACCAUGGUGCGAUGCGACCGCGGGCUGCAGAUGCUGCUGACCACGGCUGGAGCCUUCGCCGCCUUCUCGCUCAUGGCCAUCGCCAUCGGCACUGACUACUGGCUGUACUCCAGCGCGCACAUCUGCAACGGCACCAACCUGACCAUGGACGACGGGCCCCCGCCCCGCCGCGCCCGCGGCGACCUCACCCAUUCGGGACUGUGGCGGGUGUGUUGCAUCGAAGGCAUCUACAAGGGGCACUGCUUCCGGAUCAACCACUUCCCAGAGGACAACGAUUAUGACCACGACAGCUCCGAGUACCUCCUCCGCAUUGUGCGAGCCUCCAGUGUCUUCCCCAUCCUCAGCACCAUUCUGCUCCUGCUUGGAGGGCUCUGCAUCGGCGCUGGGAGGAUCUACAGCCGCAAGAACAACAUUGUCCUCAGUGCAGGAAUCCUCUUUGUGGCUGCAGGCCUCAGUAAUAUCAUCGGCAUCAUCGUCUACAUUUCCAGCAACACGGGCGACCCCAGUGACAAGCGUGACGAAGACAAGAAGAACCAUUACAACUACGGCUGGUCUUUUUACUUUGGAGCCCUGUCGUUUAUUGUGGCGGAGACCGUGGGCGUUCUGGCUGUAAACAUUUACAUUGAGAAAAACAAAGAGUUGAGGUUUAAGACCAAGCGGGAGUUCCUCAAGGCCUCUUCCUCCUCUCCUUACUCCAGGAUGCCGAGUUACAGGUACCGGCGACGGCGCUCCAGGUCCAGUUCGAGGUCCACUGAGGCCUCACCCUCUAGAGAUGCCUCUCCUGUGGGCCUGAAGAUCACGGGGGCCAUUCCCAUGGGUGAGCUGUCCAUGUACACGCUGUCCAGAGAACCCCUCAAGGUGACCACAGCUGCCAGCUACAGUCCGGAUCAGGAUGCUGGCUUCCUACAGAUGCAUGACUUCUUCCAACAGGACCUAAAGGAGGGUUUCCACGUCAGCAUGCUGAACCGGCGGACGACUCCCGUGUGACCUACCCGCCCCUCUCCGCACAGGCCUCUCCCAAGGUGGCUGUUUGUGAAACACAGAACAGGGUGACCCUUAAGAUUAUAGACAGUGAACUGGAGCUGAGCGCAGUCCUCCCUGGCCUCCAGAAGAUGCCAUGGGCUUGCUCAGAGUGAAGGAAGUUAGGAGAUUGGAGUCAGGGAUAAGGUAGAAACCGAAGGCGGACUCUCUGCUGCCCUCUGUGAUCUUGGAACUUCUCAGGAGGCCUAAGAAUUUCCCAGAAGCUGCAUCAGCCUGCCUCUUGGGAACCAGGAAACCAGUCAUGCCAGAUGCCAAACGCAUCCCCCUUCACCGGGCACCGGGCCACAGGAAGGCUUCUUCUAGAUACUGGGACCUCUGGUUUCCCAUCGUCUGUUUCCUACCCAGAAGUUCCUGUGUCCUGGAGCCCCGGAGUGAGCCUAAGCUCAUUCCAUUCCCUUCUGUGUCUCCCUCAGCCUCUCCCUGUCUGGCACCCUAGCGGAUCUGGUGGUUGUAAAUAUCACCCAUCCUGAAGAGAAAGCUCUAUGGCUAACUGGUGCUUCGGCCUUGAGCUGUCCUGCGGCCGGCUUCUCUCCACCUCAGGAGACCAGGAGUCCAGGGCAAAUUCAGAGGCUCUGCUGGCUUUUCCUACCUGCUUCUGGAAGUCUCUGCUGAGCUCAGAAUAUACAGGACAUACUGACUCAUCUUGGUGGUCUGGAGGAUUUCGUGGAUCUGAGGGAAGGUGGAUAUGUGGCCUUCGGCUCUGUCCCUCCACACUGGCCUGAGGAACCAUUCUGUCGCCUGAGCAGCAGAGGGCCCUGCUGGGUCAGGCCAUGCCCCCACCUCCAAACUGGUGUUCUGAAACAGAUGUGCAAGCUUGAGAAAGGGGAACCUGAGAGUGGGCAGAGACCAAAAAGAAGAAAGAAAGAGCAUCCAUUUCCACGAGGUUGGGAGUCACAGCAUCCCGGAGAACAUCAGCCGAAGAUCAAGCUGGACUCACCUCUUUAUCCUCAGAAAGAUCAACAACAUCUCCCCCGACUCCUGCCAUGAUCAUUUAUUCUGCCCGCUCCAGGACUCGGUGAACAUUUGACUCAAGGGGCCUCGCUGGGCUUUCUAGCUUUGCCCGAAUCCAAGGAUCAGUUCUGUGUCCCACAGUUCGUCCAACCAACUCCUCUCUUCCUCUUGAGGCGAACAAAAAUCAAAACCACAUGAGCGUGUUCCGUUUAGAAAGAACUCUCCAGAAAGCGAGACUCACCCUCUUUUCUAUAACACACGUGCUUUCUAAGGAUCAACCGUUUCUUACUUUUUGAGACUUCUUAAUCCAAUUUUGAACAGUCAUCUGUGACGCGCCCCCCGCCCCCAUCCCCUGUAACUGUCUCACUUAGAAAUGACAAGCCAAUUCUUACCUCAGUCACCUGCUCAUGGAGCCCACCCCCCUAGGCUAACUCGGAGUUCAGAUCCAGGUCCAGUUGUCCUUUCCUGCCCGCCCUUUAUUGCCCACCACCACCACCACCACCACCACCAGAAGACAACCCGUAUCAUAGCCAGUUGCCUAUGAGCUGGUGAGCUGAGACGUGAGCAUGCCAAGACUCCUUUGUGCUUGCUCAAAACCAUUCCCUCCUGGCCAGGUUGGCUCGUCAGUAUGUGUCAAAGCAUGUGCAGCAGUGAGGUGCCAAUGUCAAGAUGUGUGUGGUCUGUCCCUGCUGCAGGCCCUCUCCCUGCCUCCCUCCCCACCCACCCUCCCCUGUCCUCACCACCAUUAUAACGUCCAAUGAGGCUGAAGGAAGCCCCAGCCCCCAGGGAGACCCAGGACCAGUCUGAUGUCUCUUCUGGCAAUAGAGCAGCCUGUGGUAAACUUCCACACAAGCCACCACCAUCCCAACCCUGGUCCCCAAGGUUUCCACGAUUCCACAUUAGAAAGCUGUGUUCCGAUGACUCCUACCUCUUGUCCGGUUCCAACAGGCCCAUUCCAAGAAAGAGUUAGGAAGAAAAGAGACAGAGGGGUAGAACACAGGGAGAAGGCCUCAGCUGUCCCAACCCUCACGGUCUUUCUCCCACUGGCUGCUGGCGUCAUUCUGGGGACCCUGGUCUCCAGCUUUUCCCUUCCUGUGGGACAAAGGGAGUAGAGCUGGACCCUACUGCUGACAGGCUCAGAUCUGGUUCCCUGUCUGAAGGGACACUCGGUCUGAGACCACCUUCCUGCCCUUCCUCUGUCCCAACCCCCCCUUCCCUGUGUGUUUCACCAGUUAAGCCCCAGUGACCCUGUACCCAUCAGUGGUUUGGGAUUAUUAGUUCCGUCUUUUUUUUAAUUAAAUAAAAACGUUUUUAAAA